CGGGCGGAAGCGGGGCGCGCCGGCGGAGCGGGGCCGCGCCGAGCCCAUGGCUGCGCUCAAGUACGCGGGGCUGGAGGACACGGACAGCGAGGAGGAGCUGCCGCCGGGCUGGGAGGAGCGCACCACCAAGGACGGCUGGGUUUACUACGCCAACCACCUAGAAGAAAAAACACAGUGGGAACAUCCUAAGUCUGGGAAGAGGAAACGUGUUGCAGGAGAUCUGCCGUAUGGAUGGGAGCAGGAGACUGAUGAAAAUGGACAAGUCUAUUUUGUAGACCACAUAAACAAAAGGACUACUUACCUUGACCCAAGACUGGCCUUUACAGUUGAAGAUAAUCCAGUAAAACCUACCACUAGACAAAAAUAUGAUGGGAACAGUACUGCAAUGGAAAUUCUCCAAGGACGUGACUUGAGUGGGAAAGUGGUUAUAAUCACAGGAGCCAAUUCAGGAAUAGGUUUUGAAACUGCCAAGUCCCUUGCACUGCAUGGGGCGUGUGUUAUCCUGGCCUGCAGAAGUCUGGCACGAGGCAACGACGCCGUGCAGCGCAUCCUGCGGGAAUGGCAUAAAGCCAAGGUAGAAGCAAUGACCUUAGACCUUGCUUCUCUUCAGAGUGUGCAGCACUUUGCUGAAGCAUUCAAAUCCAAGAAUCUGCCACUCCACAUCCUGAUCUGUAAUGCUGCUGUGUUUGGUGCUCCCUGGUCCUUGACGGAGGAUGGCCUGGAGUCCACCUUCCAGGUGAACCACCUGGGACAUUUCUAUCUUGUCCAGCUUCUGGAAGAUGUUUUAUGCCAGUCAUCUCCUGCCAGGGUUGUGGUGGUAUCUUCUGAGUCCCACAGAUUUACAGAAAUUAAAGACUCCUCUGGAAAGCUUGAUUUCAGCCUGCUGUCUCCAUCUAAGAAGGAAUAUUGGGCUAUGUUGGCCUACAACCGCUCCAAGCUUUGCAAUAUCCUGUUCUCCAACGAGCUGAACCGACGCCUUUCUCCCCACGGGGUGACAUCCAACUCAGUCCAUCCUGGAAAUAUGAUUUAUUCCUCCAUUCAUCGUAACUGGUGGGUGUACACUCUGCUGUUUACCUUGGCUCGACCUUUCACCAAAUCCAUGCAACAAGGAGCUGCCACGACUGUGUACUGUGCCACGGCGGCGGAGCUGGAGGGCCUGGGCGGGAUGUACUUCAACAACUGCUGCCGCUGCCUGCCCUCGCAGGAGGCGCAGGGCGAUGCCACGGCCGCCGCCCUCUGGGAGCUGAGCGAGAGGCUGAUCCAAGAACGAAUUGGCAGGCAGGCCAAAUAGCAGGGAGCUCCUGGAAGGAUCAAAACACACGAGUGUGUGCACGCUCGAAAACUGCCAACGCUGGAAGCUGUCCAAUCUUAUCAUCUAGAGGGUUUCCAUGUACCUCAGAUACAGAUUAACCAGUGUUAAAUGAAAUAAUAGCAGUCACAACAUAGUGAAAAAUGUUAAGUACUAAUGGGAGAUGGGGAAUACUGCGGGUUAAAGGGACAAUGCGGCUUCCUGGGGCUUAGUUAGUCUCGGUUCUCUUUCUUUUGAUUAUAGCCUGUUCAAAGUGUAACCCAAGGAGGCAUCUUUUGUCUUAUUUUAGAAAAGCAAUGCUGCAGAUAAUUUCUGUCGUUUUGAUUAAUGGGUAGGUACAUAGCCCAAUAUGGGAUUUCCUCCUUAUUUUGAUAAUUACUGUCUGUUAGGCUUUAGGUAUUGAUUGGGAGAUGGUAGUUGUGUUGAUUCUUUUUCCCUACAAGGAUUUUAUUGGGUGUGGCAAAUCAAAAGAUUAUUGGGGAAAGAAAUCUUUUCUGCCCUUGACUCUUGGCUGCAAAUACAUCUGCACUGUCUAGAAAAGGAAGGUGCAGGAAGACAUCUGAACAGUAAUGGUAAAGUCACAGCUAAUUAAAUAUUUCUGUUUUUUUUUUUUUCUUAAAAGAUUACAAUAAAAGAUAUGUUGUAAACCAUUCCCUAAGUACUGUUGAGUUAGCAAAGAUGAUGAUGUCUCCUUAAGAACACACAGAGUGUAAUCAGGGGCUUAAAUGGUAUUUCCAUCCAUUUCUCAGUUCACAGUUUUAAGGAGGUUUUUUCCUUGAAAGUUCACAGUUUCUCAGUUCUCCUCAUACUGUAUCCCAUUCCAAAUCUGUCUUUUCUUUUCUUUCCUUUUAAAUUCAAUAAAACAACAUGCUUGUUUGAAUAUUGUCACCUGAAGAGAAAGUUUGUCUCAUUUCUGUAAAUGUCUUAGUUCAAUUUUUUUUAGAAAAGAAAACUUGAGGAAAAAUAAAGAGCUUCUUGUUGAUGCCAAGAAAA